UGCUCGGGAGCGCGCCCCAGUGUUCCGCCCCGUUUCCAUCCUGCGGGCAGGCUUCUGGGCCCGCGGCGGGCACUGGCGGGGUCAGCAAGGAUUUACAAAAGGUGCAGGUUUAGACAGAUCUGAAGACUGACAUUUUGUGAACUCAUAAAACAGAAGUCUUGUUUGAAAUGUGGUGGUUUCAGCAAGGCCUCAGUUUCCUUCCUUCAGCCCUUGUAAUUUGGACAUCUGCUGCUUUCAUAUUUUCAUAUAUUACUGCAAUAACACUCCACCAUGUCGACCCUGCAUUGCCUUAUAUCAGUGACACUGGUACAGUAGCUCCAGAAAAAUGUUUGUUUGGGGCAAUGCUAAAUAUCGCUGCAGUUUUAUGCAUUGCUACUAUUUAUGUUCGUUAUAAGCAAGUUCAUGCUCUGAAUCCUGAAGAGAACCAUAUCAUCAAAUUAAACAAGGCUGGCCUUGUACUUGGAAUACUGAGUUGUUUAGGACUUUCUAUUGUGGCAAACUUCCAGAAAACAACCCUUUUUGUUGCACAUGUAAGUGGAGCCGUGCUCACCUUUGGUAUGGGCUCAUUAUAUAUGUUUGUUCAGACCAUCCUUUCCUACCAAAUGCAACCCAAAAUUCAUGGCAAAGAAGUCUUCUGGAUCAGACUACUGUUGGUUAUCUGGUGUGGAAUAAGUGCAUUUAGCAUGUUGACUUGCUCGUCAAUUUUGUACAGUGGCAGUUUUGGCACUGAUAUAGUACAGAAACUCCAUUGGAACUCUGAGGACAAAGGUUAUGCACUUCACAUAAUCACUACUGCAACAGAAUGGUCUAUGUCAUUUUCCUUCUUUGGUUUUUUCCUGACUUAUAUCCGUGAUUUUCAGAAAAUUUCUUUACGGGUGGAAGCCAAUUUACAUGGAUCAACCCUCUAUGACACUGCUCCUUGCCCUAUAAACAAUGAACGAACACGACUACUUUCCAGAGAUUUAUGAUGAAAGGAUAAAAUAUAUCUGGAUGAUUAUGAUUCUCAGGGAUUGAGGAAAGGCUCACAAAAGUUACUUAUUCUGCUUUGAAAUUUUCAACCAGUUCAUCAAGGCCAACAGUGACACUGCUGAAUACUAAGUAGGAAACAUGAAAUAAGCAUUUCAUAAGGUAUUUUAAAGGAUAUCAUGAAGAAAACUAUUGAAAAACAUUUAUUCCUAUACUUUUUUAUCCCAGAAAAUAAAACUAAAGGACUACAGUA